CUCAAAUUUUGUAUUUUAAAUACGUAACGGUGGUACAUGUAUUCCGUUACUCCCCAACACUGUCCAUAGUGUAUGGCCUUGCACCGUCUAAGAGCUCAGUUGGCUCCAACCUCUCUGUGAAUUGUAUAAUCAGAAAAGAAAUACAUGGACAAUUGUGGUUAUUUUCCCUAAUGAAUGAUCAGAUGUAUACAGGACUCUGUAUUAUUAUUCAGUUUGUUAGCCCAUCAGAAUCUGUAAACAUCAGGAGGUUCAGGACUUCUAGUGCUUCUCUUUCUGCUGGGGGACAGCAAGAAAAAACAACUACCUUGAGCAGAAACUACAGCUCUGUCCUUCAGAAGUGCUCCUUCACUUUCUGCGACACCAUGAUGGGGAUGUUUCAUGAGUCUCUGGUGUAAUGUGGCAUUUUUAUGUUCUGGUCUGCUGGGGGACGGAUAACCCCAAAGGACUUGAUAAAUCUCUUCGGAAGGCUGGUUCACUCCUGGGGAUUUGCAGCCCCCUGCAAGUUAGCUUGAUUUUAAAGGUUGACAUGCCACAAAGGCUGUCAAGAGUCAUUAUUGUCAGCCAUUAAUUGCUGUGUCACUAACACACACACACACACACACACACAUAGGACCUGCAUUACCAGCAUUGAUUAAAAAUACAUGCAAAUAUCCAGAAAAGAUGGAGUUUACUUUCUUAACAGUAAAUGUGUCACAGUUUCUCUUCCACCCAGUAUGCUCAUUUGUUACCCUACUCACCGGUGUUAAUCCUUCUAACCCCCUACCCACCCUUCCUCCCCCGUUGCCAUGGAUAUGCUAUUCCUAUGGCAACUGCAUGCCUUUGUGGAUGGCCUCGGGCCCCCACCACAUGGAGAACUCUCUGAACCUUUCAUUACACAUUCCCUUCAAGCUCACAGGCAAAUCAGACAAGUAGCGUAAUCUAACUGUCUCUCUGUCACAGUUUCCUCUGUGCUGCCUUUGUAGUGCUGCCAUCAUGCUGCCAUACCUUGCCUUUAAGUUUCAGCACAUUGCAACUCUACAAGACUUGUUAACAGUUUGAGAAUUGCAAUUAGGGUAUUUGCUGCAGCCCUGAUACUUGAUGCCGGAGGACUAUGAUCAGAUUUGUAGCAUGGGUUUCACUGUCAAAAGAGUCAGAGCCACUAGUUUUCUAAUUUUCUAUGUCAAUGGAAACCAGAGCUCUAUCUUUAAAGAUGCAUGAGGUAUCUUAAGAAACAGAAUAUAGCGACUGAGGCUUAACUAGAGAAAGUGUUUCUGCAUCAUUGAGAGUGAAAGACGAAGCGGGGUGAGGCUCGGGGACAUUAAAGUUGAGGGCCCAAGUUAAAGCAGAGCACAGUGUCGGGGCUCCACAGUGCAUGUGGUGGGGGGAGCAGGCGGGGAGCAUCCACGUGCUGAAUGAACCCUGUCAGCACCGGAGAGUACCACGGGCUACGGGUAGGCUCAGCCCUGCUCAGCAUUGUGGCGGGCUGCAUCAUCAUUGGGGUAUCCAGGGAAUGCGAUGCUGAUGCAGUCGGAGGUAUCUUCCUGGGAGCGGGGGGCCUUGGCCUGCUAAUAGCAAUCUACCCCUUCAUAAAAGCUUGGCUGAACGUCAACCACAUCCUUCCAUCCUUUGCGAACUUCAGAGUGCACCCCGCGCCUGCCAAUCCUGCUCCUGAUCAGCGAGUUGAGACACUGAGACGAGAAGGGACUCACAGUCAGAUUAAUCUGGAACGGUCUAAGAGUCGUAUGGGAACCUUUGUGGAGGCUGGAACAAUAGCUGAAGCCAACCCGGAUGAGGGGACUUCUGCGGACAUGCCGGAUGUCUUAUCGAGACGGAAACUAAAGCCUUCAGAUCAAGAUCUGCCAUGAGGUCAUCACGUAGCAAGACUGGCCGCUCCAUGUGAAGGAAGCCGGAUGCAGAAGGUUGCAACUUCUGCAGAAGAAGUUUAAUUUUUCUGUAUUGAUCUUCCUUCACACUUAGUACAAAAAAGUACAGCUGUGUAAAUCUCUCUGCUGUGUAUAUCUUUAUAAAUCUCGUUUUCCUGUUCAUUUGUGAUAUCAGCUCAUCAUGUUAGCUGAGAUCACCUCAUUAUAUAUAUAUAUAUAAAACAGCAUGUCAUCUAAUAAACAUCCAGAGAUUGUGAUCAUUAGUGGAGUUUUUUUUCUAUUUUACAUCCUGACACUGAGUGAAGCAAAUUAGGCCCAAUAGUCCAACUCCUGUGCAGCUCCUCUAAUCAUGGUACAAUGCUCUAUCCCACCAAUUAUAGAAUUAUGACAGUCAUUAAGCGAUGAUGGGUUUUGGAUAUUAUUCAAUUCCCCUGCAUGUGAUUUCCAUGAGUAGCACACACACAAAUAAAUGAAUGCACAUACACACACGUGGCAACAUCCAUGGCGUGCACACAGUGACCUGCGACCCACCCACCCCCUCCGCAGUGAAACGUAAUACAUUGAUAUUCAGGACAGCACCGGCAGAAAGCGCAACAAAAAAAGUGUAACGUGCUGUGAGGCUGAAUAAUGCCGAGCUGUGUUCAUGAGCUGUGCACAACAGGA